AUGACGAUCAAGUACAUCACUGGCGACUUGUUUCGCCACACUGCUCAAGCUGGCAAAUCAGUUGUUCUAGCUCACGCAUGCAACACUGGUGGUAGCUGGGGCGGCGGUAUAGCAGCCGUUUUCAGAAACAAAUUCCCUAUAGCCAACUCCGAGUACACCAAUUAUUGCCUCAACAAUACCAACUUACUAGGAACGAGUUUACUUUUGGAAGCCGAUGAUUUUGAGCAGUCCAGGGUUUACAUUGCCUGUUUGUUCACUAGUGACUUUAGUCAAUCUCCGGAACAGAUUGCCUCGCACACUUAUCGAUCAUUGAAGCAUCUAGCUAAACAGUUGGAAUCUAUUGAUGGUGUAGAAGCGCAAGAUGGAAAGAAGGUUGUCAAUAUGCCCAAGAUAAAUGCGGGAAUCUUUGGUGUUCCAUGGGAGUUGACUGAAGGAGAAUUAAAGAAAGUGACAAACCUAGAAUUCAAUGUAUAUGUGUUAUAA